AUGACCGCUCAAUCCUACGCUGGCUUCUUAUUUGGCAUGGUUACCAGCACAUUUGGUGCAAGUCCGGAGUCGGCUGGGGUCGCUGGGGAGGACAGCAGAAAGAUAGCGGCUUCCAAGCCGAAGCCAAAGAGUACUAGAGUACGUCGUCUGCCACUGCCGACGAUGCCCGGCUCCUUCCGCGCUCUGACUCCGGAGCCGGUCGCAGAGCCUGCUCAACCCACAGCGCUGGAACCACCGACGAAGCGGCGGCGGAUCUCCAAGGAAGACUCGUUGGCGAUCGACGAGGUGAUCGAGAAGCUGGAGCAGGAGAUUGAGGUGCUGAAGACACGUUUGGGGAGGACCCACCCGGCUCCUCGCCAAAGUUUCAAGGUACCAGAGCGUGCAUCCGAGACAACGAGUAUGCAGAAUGAUAGUCGUUCUUCGAUUGCCCCUCGACAAGACAUGAGCCACGUAUUCGAUGAGCUCAAGCAUGUACGCUUACGUAAAAUUGAUACAUCCGCUAUUCCCCUACAAUCUCGGCGAAUUGUUCGUACUAGCCCUACGCAGCUCUUCUCGCAAGAGCUUGAGGAAGCUGUUAAGAAGUCCUCACACCGUAGAUAUAAUGAAGAUCCCAUACCUUCGUUCUGCGCGUGGGGAGCUGGCUCGCGUUAA